GUGUGUGUGUGAGUGUGAUGCUACAACCUCCUUAUAAAGGGACUCUCUCACACGUUGUGGCUCGAAAAUUAGAGCACAUUGCCUAAAAUUGAGGUCUCUCCUCGCACGCACGCACGCACGCACUUACACACACGCACGCCGCGUCGCCAUGAACUGGAUGAACGUUGAGGAGACGCUCCGCGGGGCCGAGGCGCCUCUCUUCUGGGUCGGUGCGUUCACCGUGGCCUCCCUGGCGCUGUGGCUGCUCUACAGGCUGCUCUCGGGCUUUAGGAUCUGGGUCUUGGGGAACGGGCAGCUGCUCUCUCCGAAGCUGGGCAAGUGGGCAGUUGUGACGGGAGCCACGGAUGGAAUCGGGAAAUCCUAUGCGGAGGAGCUGGCUCGUCGAGGAUUUUCCAUGAUGUUGAUCAGUCGCUCCCAGGACAAGCUGGAGGACGUGGCCAGGUCACUUGAGGACCAGUAUAAAGUGGAGACCAGGACCAUCGCAGUUGACUUUGGCAGGUCGGACAUCUACGACAAGAUCGAGGCGGGUCUGACUGGUCUAGAAAUUGGAGUUCUUGUCAACAAUGUCGGCGUGUCCUACACCUACCCCGAGUACUACCUCCAAAUUCCCCAACUUGACAACUUCAUCACAAACAUGAUCAACGUCAACGUCACCUCGGUGUGCCAGAUGACCCGUCUGGUGCUGCCCAGGAUGGUUGAGAGGUCCAAAGGUGUGGUCCUGAACAUCUCCUCCGCCAGCGGCAUGUACCCCCUCCCUCUGCUUACGGUCUAUUCCUCCACAAAGGCCUUUGUGGAUUUCUUCUCUCGUGGCCUUCAGGAGGAGUACAGGCGUCAGGGCAUCAUCAUUCAGAGCGUGCUGCCCUUCUUCGUGGCCACUAAGAUGACUCGUAUCAGGAAGCCCACCCUGGACAAGCCCACCCCGGAGCGCUACGUGGCAGCUGAGCUCGCCACUGUGGGUCUGCAGGGCCAGACGAAUGGCUACUUCCCCCACGCCGUCAUGGGUUGGCUGACCACCAAGCUGGUGCCGUGCAACCUCGUCAUCCUCUUCGGCGCCCGAAUGAACCGUCUGCAGCGCACCGGCUACCUGCAGAGGAAGAAGCUUCGGGAGCAGAGGAACGGAGACCAGCUUCAGGAGCAGGUGAACGGAGACAAGCUUCGGGAGCAGAGGAACGGAGACAGUCUGAAGAACGAUUAAGAAGACGGCUGAGCGAUCUGCAAGGAAGCCCCCCCCCCCCCUCUCUGUUCUGACCUGGUGUUUAAGGAAAGCCUAGAUUGUGUGUGUGUGUAUAGAUGACCCUCCUGGGUUUACCCGAGAGCUUGCAUGUGUGCCUUCAGUUAGUUUGCAAUGCGCAAACUCUGCCCUGAUGAGAUUUUUUGUCUGGAGAGAAAAUGGCCAAAGAAGGAAUGGGGCUGAAAAUGCAAUGCUGCUCAUGACAAAGGACAAUAAUACAUUUAGUCACUGAUGGUGGAGAUAAUACAACAACAACGACGACAACACAAAAGGUGAUUUGUUAACCCUGCUGUUGUAAGCAGUGGAAAAAUGGUGAUGGGCAUCUUUUUAUAUAUUUGUGUAAUUUAUUUUAUAUUUAGUAUGAACACUCAAGCUAAACUCUGACUUUUUUUUUUUUUUUUUUUAAGACUAGCUUUCAACCUAGUCCUGUUUACAAAAUCCAUGAGCCAUUUAUUGAUGGCAAUUUCUGCUUUCCAUCUGUUUACUUUCAUUACUGAACUGCCAUCGUCAUGCAUUGGCGCUUUCUUCCCAUUUUUUUUUAUUUUUUUUAAAUUAUAUAUUCUUGCGUGUUAACGGAAUACUUAAAAUGAUACUUUGUGGUGGGGUUGUUAUUGCACCAAUGUUUUACUUGUUUGAAACCAAAUAUUUUUUUUUUUUUCUUCCAGAGUUCUCAUUAUCUAACCGUGGUAUUCAUCACAAGUGCCUUUUUUCUACUGAGAAUUAAUGCAGGAAAUGCUCGGACAAACACGCGGUUGUCUAGUUCAGAAUGUAUUCUGCAAAGAUGUAAUUCAGCUGUUUCGAUGUCCAUGUGAACGACAUAGUUGCUCCAUUUUGUGCCUCUUUUUAAUCAAAAUGUAAACCUUGGCAGACAAAGGAAAACCUCUAAACUGCUGCACGUUACAUUACAGGACUUCCUCCAAAAAGGUUUUCACAGGGAUGGAGAAUAUUUCCUAUAGUUGAGUGUAAACUAAAAAUGCUCGAUACCGACAGACAGCUUCAAAACUAGGAGAACUGCUCCUCCUCACACAGUUGGUGCACAAUUGAAUACCCCCGUACGACUUGGUCUGACCUGUGCCUUCAACCAAGUGGUCUUGUGAAUGCUUCUCCUCUUUUUGUAACAAGCCUUUUGUUUUUUAAAAAUAUGUUUGAAAAUUGAAAUGAUUAAAUUUAGAAUUUCUACUAUGUAAAAUACACUGUUUAUAUAGCUGGCAACUUGUGUUUUCUACUGUUUGUUAAUAAAAGUUCUGGCAUACGG